CUGCAGAGUGAGAAAGAGCCACUGGUAGUCCAUAGGGAAGUUGUUGGAAAGGAGCAAAAAAAAAAAAAAAAAAAAAAAUCCCGAAAGAGUUUGGAGUUUGGCUGCGACAUUGUUGCAUUUGAGAAAGUUUACUUUUUUUUUUUUUUUGGUUGGUUUUUCUCGCCUGCGGUGCUCAUGGGUUCGCAGCGCACGCUUGGCCGGACAGCGCUGCUUGUGGCGGGGCUGCUGGCGGCUCUGUGCGCAGCGAGGUGCCCGGAGAGAGACCUGGAGGACAGGGAGGAGGAGGCCAACAUAGUUCUGACCGGUACUGUGGACGAAAUAAUCAACAUGGACCCGGUGCACAAUACCUAUUCUUGCAAGGUCAGGGUGUGGCGCUACUUGAAAGGGAAGUCCGACAUCAACCGCGAAAUUCUCCUGGACGGCGGCAACAAGUUGAUGAUUGGCGGCUUUGGCAACCCCGGGAUCUGCGACAACCAGGUGGCCACGGGAGACACGCGUAUAUUCUUCCUCAACCCGGCCCUGGAGGCCAUGGGGCCAGAACACAAGAACGAACUCAUGCUCAACUCGAGUCUGAUGAGGAUUACCCUGCGCAACCUGGAGGACGUGGAGCACUGCGUGGAAGACAAACCUCCUCACUUCACACCGGCCCAGGCUCCUGAUGGCUGCAGAGGGAUGCUGUGUGGCUUCGGCGCUGUAUGUGAGCGUGACCAUGCCGACACGGCCAAGGCCGAAUGUGUUUGCAAGAAGUUGGACUGUCCGUCCUUUGUGGCGCCUGUCUGCGGCUCGGAUUCGUCCACCUAUUCCAACGAGUGCGAGCUGGAGAAAGCCCAGUGCAACACACAGAGACGCAUCAAAGUUCUGCGAAAGGGGCCCUGCUCUCUGAAGGACCCCUGCUCUGACGUGGCCUGCACCUACGGCAGCACCUGCGUCCAGUCGUCGGACGGCCUUUCGGCCAAGUGCAUGUGCCCCCUCGGCUGCGAGGGCAAGCGCGAGCAGACGGUGUGCGGCAGCGACGGAGAGGACUACCGCAACGAGUGCGAGCUCCACACGCACGCCUGCAAGACCCAGAAGAACAUACGGGUGCAGUACCAGGGGCCCUGCGACCCAUGCAAAGACAACGAGAACAGCCUGAACACCAUGUGCCGGGUGGAGGCUCUCACCCGCCAGCCCCUCAAAUUCGGCCUGCCGGAGUGGUGCACCCCGGGCAACGAGCCUCUGUGUGCCAGCGACGGACAGACCUACUCCAGCGAGUGCGCCAUGGGAGCAACGAGCAUGCAGAAAGGCAUCAAGCUCAGGAAGGUCCACGCAGGACGAUGCAGGAGGCUGGACCACUGUCAGGAGGAGUGUCUCUUCAACGCCGUGUGUGUGGUGGAGCCUCAGAACGCCCGCUGCUCCUGCGAUCCCAUCGAGUGCGACGGCACCUACAAGCCCGUGUGCGGCAAAGACGGCCACACCUACACCAACGACUGCGCCCGCCGCAAGGCCGAGUGUCUGAGCAAGGCCCACAUCUCCAUCAAGCACCCGGGGCCCUGUGAUCUCAGCAUACCGAGCCCCUGCCUGGAUAAGGUGUGCGAGCACGGGGCGGUGUGCGUGGUCAGGAACAACGAGCCGGUGUGCGAGUGCCCCGAGGCCUGCCCGCAGACGUCCGACCAGGUGUGCGGAUCCGACGGCCACAGCUACGGCAGCCCCUGCGAGAUGCGAUCGAUGGGUUGUGCCCUGCAGAGGGACAUUCAAAUCCAGCACAAAGGACCAUGUGAUGAUUCUUGUGCCAACUGCUCUUUCGGGGCAAUCUGCGAUGCCCAGAGCGGGCAGUGUGUGUGCGCAUCGGAGUGUGUGGACUCCCACCAGCCCGUGUGUGGCAGCGACGGCAGCACCUACAACAGCGAGUGUGAGCUGCACGUUCGGGCCUGCAAACAACAGAUGGACCUCCGAGUGGUCAGCCAGGGCGAGUGCAAAACAUGUGGCAGCACUGUUUGUGCCUGGGGGGCCCGCUGCAUCCAGAAUAAGUGCGAGUGCCCGCAGUGCUCGGGCGAGACCUUCUCCCCGGUGUGCGGGAGCGACGGCACCACCUACAACAACGAGUGUGAACUCCGCACGUCCUCCUGCAUGCAGAAGAGGAGAGUCGAUGUGGCGAAGCCCGGCAGCUGCGAUGAAGACUGUGGCUCAGGAGGGUCCGGCUCAGGAGCAGAGAGCUGUGAACAGGACCGCUGUCGCAUGUUCGGAGGCUCGUGGGACGAAGACGCAGAGGACGAUCGAUGUGUCUGUGACUUCACCUGCCAAAGUGUGCCACACAACCCGGUUUGUGGCUCAGAUGGAAAAAAUUACAGCAACGAGUGCCAGCUGAAGAAGGCCAGAUGUGAGAAACAAGAGCACUUGUUGAUUCAGAAUCAGGGACCGUGUGCAGCGAUUUCAGCCACAUCUCCGCCUGAGCUGAGGGCAUCCGAGCACUGCAGCGUGUCUGUGUACGGCUGCUGCCACGACAACGUGACCACUGCUUUGGGAGUCGGACUGGCCGGAUGUCCCAGUACCUGUCAGUGUAAUGUCUACGGCUCCUACAAGGGGACGUGUGAUCCGGCCACGGGCCAGUGCUCCUGUAAGCCGGGUGUUGGAGGACAGAAGUGCGACCGCUGCGAGCCGGGCUUCUGGAACUUCCGUGGCAUCGUGACAGAGAACAUGAGCGGCUGCACGCCGUGUAACUGCGACGCCACGGGAUCGGUGAGGGACGACUGCGAGCAGAUGUCAGGUCUGUGUUCCUGCAAGCCAAGAGUGAAGGGCAUGAAGUGCAACAUGUGUCCAGACGGAAGCAAGCUGGACGGGAAUAACUGCGUCCCAGGUCCCGAGGCCCCGGCUUCAUGCGAGGACUUAAUGUGCAGCUUUGGAGCUACUUGCAUUGAGAUGAACGGCCAAGCCCACUGCGAGUGCCCGUCGCCCGACUGCGAUGACAAAAACAAAACCAAGGUGUGCGGCUCAGACGGGGCGACCUAUGCCGACCAGUGCCAGCUGAGGACCAUAGCCUGUAGACAGGACAAGGACAUCACAGUGCAACACUUUGGACAGUGCACAGAAACCAUCUCUGAGCCGGCAGAGCGACCCACCCCCAACCCCGCCACCACCGCCGCCGCCACCAUCACCACCCCCGCCCCCUUCCACCCAAACAUGGUGUUUGCCAUCCCGCCCCCGAGGACGGAGGAGACGCCGACCACCGAGCGGCCCCCGACCACCACCCGCCUUUCCACCCUCAUGCACAACCGAGCAAACCCCCACCACUCCAUCCACAUCCAGCCGCCGCAGUCCACCGCCGCCACCACCCACUCCACUCGCAGCCGCCCUGCUCCCUCCGCCGCCGCCAGCUCCUUCGAGGGCUCGGGCAGCGGGGAGCCAAGUGGCGACGACCUGACCGAAGAGGAGGAGGAGGAGGAGGAGGAGGAGCAGGAGGAGGAAGCAGGUAGCGGCAUCCCAACGGAGGCCAGUGGGGCUGAGGAGCCUGUCGGUCCCACGCUGCCAAGCACCACUGUACCAACAGCUGAGGACCGGUCGUCCUGUGACAACACGGAGUUCGGCUGCUGCCCUGACGGCAAGACCCCAUCCAGCACUCCAGAGGGAGCCAACUGCCCCUCCACCAUGAGGUUCAGCGGGUUCCUGCACUUGGACCAGGUGGAGGGCCAGGAGAUUUUCUACACCCCCGAGAUGGAGGACCCCAAGUCGGAGCUGUUCGGAGAGACGGCCCGCAGCAUAGAGAGUGCUCUCAAUGAGUUGUUCAGGAAGUCGGAGGCGCACAAAGACUUUAUGAGCGUUCGUGUCCGGAACCUGGCGCCUAGCAACUCCAUCCUGGCCUUUGUGGAGGCCCACUUCAAACCAGAUACGAGAUUCACGGUUGAGGACAUCGAAGGAGCCCUGCUGAAACAGCUGAAGGCCUCUAAAGAGACCAGCAUCGCCGUGAAGAAGCCGGAGGAGGAGAAUAUUCGCUUCACCAAUUAUGGCCUCUCCUCCAUCCCCUUCUUCACCACCACUACCACCACCACCACGGCCUCAGUCACCACAGCCGCUCCCAUCACCAUCUCCACCACCACAACCACCACCACCACCACGACCAGGCCUCCGCCCACCUCCCAGUACAUCACCCGCCGCCCGCCAGGCACUACCCGCAGGCCUUACAAUGGCAGACGUACCACCACGACCUCCGCGCCGGUCACAACACCACUACCAGCCACUACCACCACCACCACCACCACCACCGCGGCAGCUGUCACCACCACCGCGGCAGCUGUCACCACCACCGCGCCGCCUCCGGCCACCACCGGAGCCCAUGUUAGGGGCAGGCUUCACCACAAGACGCAGAAGCCCUGCAGCUCCCACCCGUGCCUCCACGGUGGCACCUGCGAGGACGACGGCAACGACUUCAGCUGCAAGUGCCCCGCCGGCCGAGGAGGCUCCGUGUGUGAGAAGGUGAUCAGGUACUUCAUCCCGUCAUUUGGAGGCCAGUCGUACUUGGCUUUCCAAACCAUGAGCGCCUAUCACACGGUCCGCAUCGCCAUGGAGUUCAGGGCAUCCGAGAUGACCGGCCUCCUGCUCUACAACGGCCAGACCGGCAAGAAGGACUUCAUCUCUCUGGCUCUGGUUAACGGCAAGGUGGAGCUCAGGUUCAACACGGGUUCGGGCACAGGCACAGUGGUCAGCAAAGUACAAAUCAAUCAGGGCCGCUGGCAUCAGCUGGUGGUGACUCGCAACCGCCGCAACGCCAUGCUGAGCGUGGACAACGAGCCGCACAAUGAGGGCGAGAGUCCAAGAGGCACAGACGGCCUCAACCUCGACACCAACCUGUUCAUCGGGGGAGUGACCGAGGACAUAAAGCAGGAUGUGAGGGAAAGGACAGGCGUGGCCACCGGUCUGGUUGGCUGCAUCCGCCUGCUGGAUGUCAACAACCGGAUGCUCAACCUGCAGGAGAGCGGGGGUGACAGUCUGUACGGCAGCGGCGUGGGUGAAUGCGGCAACAACCCCUGCCAGCCAAACCCCUGCAAGAACGGCGCUGCAUGCCAGGUCAAGGAGGCGGAGAUGUUCCACUGCAAGUGCAGCAAAGGAUUCUGGGGACCAACUUGCGCUGACGUCCAUGACCCAUGCGAGCCCGACAGGUGCCACCCAUCCUCCCAGUGCCAGGCGCUGCCCGAGGGAGGCUACAAAUGCGAGUGUCCCAUGGGGCGUGAAGGGAGGCACUGCGAGAAAGUGGCUGAGAGGAGAGGGGCUUACAUGCCACUAUUCAACGGAGACUCUUACCUGGAGCUGAAGGGCCUCCAUCUCUACGGACAAGAUCUGCGUCAAAAGGUCAGCAUGACAGUGAUCCUCAUGGCCAACGACUCCAACGGUUUGAUCUUCUACAACGGCCAAAAAUCGGACGGGAAGGGAGACUUCAUCUCUCUGUCCCUCAAUGAUGGCAUCCUGGAGUUCCGCUACGACCUGGGGAAGGGACCCGCUACCAUCAGGAGUAAGGAAGCAAUCCAGCUGAACGUGUGGAACACCAUCAACCUGGAGCGCUCCAACCGCAAAGGAGAGAUCACGGUGAACAAGAAGGAAGGUGUCCGAGGGGAGGCGCCGAACCUGCACGUAGAUCUUAACCUGAAAGAGUCUCUUUUUGUUGGCGGAGCUCCCGAUUACAGUCGACUAGCAAGAGUGGCUGCGCUCACGGAUGGCUUCAAGGGAACAAUCCAAGAGAUCAUUUUGAUGGGUACCCCCAUCCUAAGAGAGGAUAACGCCCUUCACUCCAGCAACGUGGCCAUGUUCCAGCACCACCCGUGUUCCCAGGAGCCCUGCCACAACGGCGGCCUCUGCAAACCCAUGCUGGACACCUACGAGUGCCGCUGCCUCAAUGGUUUCAGAGGGGAACGCUGUCAGAACACCGUCUACGAGAAGGCCGCCGGAGAGACCGAGGCCAUUGCCUUUGACGGGCGGACGUUCAUCGAGUACCACAACGCUGUUACGAAGAGUGAGAAGGCUCUGCUGGUGAACAAGUUUGAGCUAAGCAUCCGGACCGAGGCGACCCACGGCCUGGUGCUGUGGAGCGGGAAGGGCGUGGAGCGCUCCGACUACAUUGCCCUGGCCAUCGUGGACGGACACGUCCAGAUGACAUACGACCUGGGCUCCAAGCCCGUGGUGCUGCGCUCCUCGGUGCGCGUAGACACCAACCGCUGGAUACACAUCAAGGCCAGCAGAGCACUUAGAGACGGCUCUCUACAGGUCGGCAAUGAGGCAGCGGUAACAGGGUCAUCUCCUUUGGCAGCAACACAGCUGGACACAGACGGAGCGCUGUGGUUGGGUGGUCUGGAGGAGCUGGGGGUGGCCCGUCGGUUGCCCAAGGCCUACAGCACCGGCUUUGUUGGCUGCAUCAAGGACGUGGUGGUGGACGCCGUGGAGCUCCACCUGGUGGAAGACGCCUUAAACAGCCCCAAAAUAUUACACUGCUCCGCCGCCAAAUAAAACCAGCAGAGACAGAAUAUCGAGAGCAACGGAAAAAAAGAAAAUCAAACCCUCCCACUCGCUCCCUCCAUAGCGCCCAUGUCUCCUGCUGUAAUUAUUUUCUAUUUUUGUAUACUUUUCAUCGCUUUUUAUAUGGAAAGAUAAUGAAUAUGUUUGUUUUGAUUUUUAUUUGAUAUAUUUUGUCCUUUUUUUUUUUUUUUUUAUCUGCACCUCCAUAAACAGAACACACUUUCUUUUUUUUCUUAACUGCCCUGGCCCCUUCAUCUUUUUCAAAAAAGCAGGCAUCUCUGUUAAAAAGGAGAUAUUUUAUUCUUGUCAGUUUUGUUGUUUUAAAACAAACGCCAGCUUAAAAAAAAAGAAGAAGAAGAAGAAACGCCUGCUCCUCCCCCCCCCCCGCUCAUUACUUGAACACUGGUGGACUUCGCCGAUGAUCUCUGGUUACUGCCUUGUCUUGGUGCCAUAUAUAUAUCGUCCACAUUCCCCAAGCACGGCCUCUACAUCCACGAGUACAUAGACAUAUACAUUCCCCCGUGGGAGCUGCAUGCAGUGUGCGCUGUGGUCGGUGUGUGUGCAGCUCUUUGAUGCUGCAGCCAGCUGGCGUCUCCAGUCAAGAAAACUCUGUAAUCAGCCCCGCUUGCCCACUGUAUUUUCCUAAUGGGAAUUUUCAGACAUCAGUCAAGCUGCUACAGUGAGAAAGUACACAGUCGAAACUACUCCAUCAUCCCCCAUCUCACAGCGCAGACUAAAAAAAAAACCAGAAGAAAAGAAAAGAAAAAACUCUCCACUCAAUCUGAAUCCCAUCAGAGCCUUUAGUUUUGAAAUAUGACUCACUUACACAGCAACCUGACAUGACGGAGAGAGCGCUGCGUUCCACAACGACUCGCAUAUCAUUAGUCAUAAGUCAAGACAUGAAUAAAUGUUAUAAAUAUAGAGUAUAUAAAUAAUACCUGAGACUGUGAAUAUGUAAGAUGGGUUCUCUUUCGGAGAGUUGUGCUUCUCAUGUACUGUUGUGCGUUCUGUUUUUACAAUCCGCAGAUGUAACUAAUGAUGACCACUAUAAAUGCAUGCACUUCUGCAGUGUUGGUUUGAA